UGUGAGAUUUUCCUCGCUCUUCAAAAUAGGUUUCUAGCACUCACGCGAUGACGUCCUUCAGUUCUCAAAAUGGGAAAGCGCAGGUUCCCACAAUCCUCUGAACGCAUAUUUCUCGCCCCAGUUCAAAAUGGCGGAGGAGGGUGGGGCCUGUCACAUGGUGGGCGUCAUAGCCGCUUUCCUUUUCCAAACCUCGGCCCGCCUUGCCGCGUCGUCGGCCGUCCCCCUCCUCCUCCCGCCGAGCUUUUUCGAGGAAUCGCCUGGGAUUGGCUAACAGGCUGGGAGUGGGGCUGCGGGGCUGAGAGGAGACAUCAUCACUUCCUGUUGUGGGCAGUGGUUUCCUGUCGCUGCUUGGUAACAAUGGGGAAGGUAAUGGCUGCCUGAGCAACGUCUCGGAGCAGGCGCUGGGCUAGAGGCGGGUCUCCACCAGCCACUCAUCAGAGGCGGGUUUGCAAGAGGCGGCUUCGGCGGCGGCGGCCGACGAACCGAGUUGGAAUCUGACCUCCCAAACCGAAGCAGAGUGUGAAGAAAACUAAAAUCCAGUUUAUUGUAUUUCAAUACUAUGUCAUAACAGUCAGGUAAUUUUCCACUUGUUCGGCAAGAUGGAAAACUCAGAGUCCAACGAUAAAGGAAGUGGUGACCGGUCUGCAGCACAGCGCAGAAGUCAGAUGGAUCGGUUGGAUAGGGAAGAAGCUUUCUACCAGUUUGUCAAUAACCUGAGUGAAGAAGAAUAUAGGCUUAUGAGAGAUAAUAAUUUGUUGGGCACCCCAGGUGAAAGUACUGAGGAGGAAUUGCUGAGACGACUACAGCAGAUUAAAGAGGGUCCACCACCACAAAGCCCAGAUGAAAAUAGAGGUGGAGAUUCCGCAGAUGACGUGUCUAAUGGUGACUCUAUAAUAGACUGGCUUAACUCUGUCAGACAAACCGGAAACACAACAAGAAGUGGACAGAGAGGAAACCAGUCUUGGAGAGCAGUGAGCCGGACUAAUCCAAACAGUGGUGAUUUCAGAUUCAGCUUAGAAAUAAAUGUUAACCGUAAUAAUGGGAGCCAAAAUUCAGAGAAUGAUAAUGAGCCACCUGUAAGACGUUCUAGUGGAGAAAAUGUAGAAACCAACAGUCAAAGGCAGGUGGAGAAUCCGCGGUCAGAAUCCGCAUCUACAAGAUCAUCGAGAUCAGAACGAAAUUCAGCUGAAGCAGUAACAGAAGCUACACCUACCAGAGGUCUGAGGAGGGCCAGAAGCAGGAGUCCUGACCAUCGGAGAACCAGAGCCCGAGCUGAAAGAAGUAGGUCACCUCUGCAUCCAAUGAGUGAAAUUCCACGGAGGUCUCAUCAUAAUAUCUCAUCUCAGACUUUUGAGCAUCCUUUGGCAAAUGAGACUGAGGGAAGUUCUAGAACCAGGCACCAUGUAACAUUGAGACAGCAGAUCACUGGACCAGAGUUGCUAAGUAGAGGUCUAUUUGCAGCUUCUGGAACAAGAAAUGCCUCUCAAGGAGCAAGUUCUUCCGAUACAGCCAGCAAUGGUGAAGCCACAGGAUCAGGGCAAAGACCUCCAACCAUAGUCCUUGACCUUCAAGUGAGAAGAGUUCGUCCUGGAGAAUAUCGGCAAAGAGAUAGUAUAGCUAGUAGAACUCGGUCACGGUCUCAGACAUCAAACAACACUGUCACUUAUGAAAGUGAACGAGGGGGUUUUAGGCGUACGUUUUCACGUUCUGAACGGGCAGGUGUGAGAACCUAUGUCAGUACCAUCAGAAUUCCCAUUCGUAGAAUCUUGAAUACUGGUUUAAGUGAGACUACUUCUGUUGCAAUUCAGACCAUGCUAAGACAGAUUAUGACAGGUUUUGGUGAGUUAAGCUACUUCAUGUACAGUGAUAGUGAUUCUGAACCUGGUGGCUCAGUCCCAAGUCGAAAUACGGAGAGGGCAGAGUCACGGAAUGGAAGAGGGAGUUCUGGUGGUAGUAGCAGUUCUGGUUCCAGUUCAAGUUCCAGUUCAAGCCCUAGUUCCAGUUCCAGUGGUGAAAGUUCAGAAAGUAGCUCGGAGGUCUUUGAAGGCAGUAAUGAAGGAAGCUCAUCAUCAGGCAACAGGCGAGAGGGUCGACAUAGAGCCCCGGUCACAUUUGAUGAAAGUGGCUCUUUGCCCUUCCUUAGCCUGGCUCAGUUUUUCCUCUUAAAUGAGGAUGAUGAUGACCAACCUAGAGGACUCACCAAAGAACAGAUCGACAACUUGGCAAUGAGAAGUUUUGGUGAAAAUGAUGCAUUAAAAACCUGUAGUGUUUGCAUUACAGAAUAUACAGAAGGCAACAAACUACGUAAACUACCUUGUUCCCAUGAGUACCAUGUGCACUGCAUCGAUCGCUGGUUGUCUGAGAAUUCUACCUGCCCUAUCUGUCGCAGAGCAGUUCUAGCUUCUGGUAACAGAGAAAGUGUUGUGUAAUUCAGAUCUGAACUCUCAGCUAUGUAGCUGAUAUAGUGAUGGGCAAGCAGGAAUCACUUGUUUUAUGUCCACUUUUUGAGUGGUGCUUAAAUGUUGAGUUACAACCUGACUUGAGUCAUUGCUUUCUGAAGGAAUCAUUGUUCGUUUUCCAGUUUUCUGUUCCAGAACACAAGAAAGUACUUAAAAAACAACACUUUAGGACCUAACAAUCUGUUGUCAGUACCAGCUAAAUUGAUAGCAUCUGUACUGAUAAGGUUUCAUACCCCGUAAAAGAGAGGGGUGAAGGAACUUCCCGCUUCAGGCUAAAUGACAGUACGUGUUUCCUAAGUGAUUACUGAAAGCCGGACCAUUCCCAGUUACUGGUUGAUAAAAUUCAGUCACACUCUGAGUAUUGUUUUUUUCACCUCUCAGACUAGGUGAUACUGGACAUGUCAGUGUAAAUAACACUAAGGUUAGAGUCCUUUAAGUGUAUAAACCGUCUCCUUAAGCCCAUCACUGUGGCACACUGUAGAGUGAGCUUAUAGUUUAAUUGAGAUAUUUAUCUUGUGGAAAUAUUAAAAAGCCUAUGCUUGUGUAAGUGAAAAAAAAAUCACAUUCAUUUGUUUAAAAAAUGUAAAGCUAUUUUGUAGAGGCUCAGUACUUUUUCCAAUGCACUGUUGUAUUAAUGCAUAAAAAACUGUAAAGUACCAUGCUUAGAAAUGAGAGAACUGCUUUUUGUGAGCCGACAUAGUUUAAAACACACACACCCACACACACACACACACACACACACACACCCCAAAGUACAAAGCUGCUUUUGUAAGUGUGUAGGCGUCAAGAGCAGAACAUAUCUAUAAUAUUUAAUGUAUGUGAACAGCUACCGUGACAUGCCUAGAAUUAGGCAACACAGAGUCAAACUGCACUAAAGACCAACGGGAAUUGUUUAUCUUGAAUUUAGGCAGGAAAUGACAGAUUGGAGUAAAGAAAACUGCUCUGAGGAAUUCAGAGUUUUCAUGAAGACAAUAAUACUGUAACUGCUGACCUGGCAUUCUAUGGGAACAGAUGAGGCAGAUCGGCAGGACUCUGGUUUCAGAGAGACAAACCACUACAUCAAAUCAAAUUGGUGUUUCUGCAAGUCUGCUCCUCAGACGGUGGAGGAAAGAGACUACAAACCACUUUUUGCAUCAAUUGCAAUUGGUACAGAUGUGUGCACUCAUAGCAAGGUCUCGGAUUUGCAGUUUUCGAGAUUUUUGUCCUUUAAGGUACUAGUGCACACUUCCUAAUAUUUCAUUGCAGCCUGUGUAAUGCACAUUUGACGUCUCGCAUGUAAUGACCAGGUCAAUUAUGGGAUUUUUUUCCUUUCCUUGAAGAUGUAUCAUGUUGACUUAAUUAAAAUUCAAAGUUUAAUUGUGUCCAUAUUUGAAGAUGAGACAGUUCACUUGCUAUGGACAGGCACUUUAUGUUUUCUUAGUAGUAAGAGUAAAUAAUGUUAACCCCAGCAUUUUUGCCUAAUUUCCUUUCUUAAGGCUGGCUGGGGUUAGUCUGAAGCAGAUACUUGUUUCUCUGGGAAAAGCCAACAGGCCAGAAAAGGGCUUGAACAUGUCCUUGGCCUUUAACAAAAUGAGCUAAUUACCCAGACUUGGAUCUUCAGAAAAUAAACAAGACUGCUUUAAUAAUUGUUAACCUGGCUACCUUCACUGAUAGCAAUUUCACUGUAAAGAUUAUUUCAACAUUCAUUAUCAUGUUUUCUUCUCACUUUCAAUCCUACCUAAGUAUCAAGGAAAUUAACCUGUAAAUAUAGUAGUUGUUUACUAUAACAGAUAUGUACUGCUCUUGCAAGGAAAUAAUGUUGAAACAAAGCUUCACUUAUUUUUUUUAAUAUAAGCAGAUUUCACUGUUUAUGGCGCUUAUGUAAUACAUUUUAUCUUUUAAAAAAAUUGUCCAUGCAAAAGUCAGGAUUCCUUUUAUAUUGUGAGCCUCCUUGUCUCCUUUCCUAAGGGUGUUAUCUAUGGUUUCAAAUCUGCAGGGUAGUCCCGAUUGGCUAAAAAAAAAAUCCAUUUUCCUCUUGGUAUAAAAAUAUUCAUUCUUAAAUAAUCUAAAAACAUUUGCAGCACAUUCUAUGUAUAAAAGAAAGUUACCGAUAACAGGUACCUCCCUAACCUCCCAAAAUGUAUUACUCCUUUGUGAAGUAUUAAACUAAGAGGUAACUUGAGCAGAAUGCUGGUUCUGAAUGUAGAUAUUCAAUCUACUCAUAAACACUGGAAAUAGACUUUUUUUAUGUGUUUAGCCUUCAGUAGAACGCACAUUGAACAUGUGCGUGUGGACACCUUUUUCAAUAGCACUCAGUAAUUGCCAUUGGGUUGUAUAGAAUGGACACAAACAUUUUAGUGAAAUUUGCUACUUAAUUUUUCCUUUUGCUAAGUCUAUGACUAAAGCAUACUAGCGUUGUGGACAUUGGAGAUUAGGUCCUUUUGUAGGUGUCAGAUGUACAAUGGAGAACAAAAAAUCUUUUUUCCCCACCAACAUCCAAACACCUAUUUUUGAAGGGAGCAUUUUCCUGCAGGAGACUACAUUUCAUUUUGUAUCUUUGCACUUUUACUUUAUUACAAAAAAGUCUGUCUCUGAGACCUAGUUUGAACUUCAUGCAGUAAAUAGGAACAAGAAAAAGCAAUGUUGAGACAUGACAUUGUUCAAAGCAUAGGGGAAAGUACCAAAACCUGAAUUUUCUUGGGUAUUUCAGAUAUCUUCUAAAACUCCACUUUUACUGGUCUGAAAUGUUUGUUUUGUUACUGAACUCCAAGCAGCUGGCAGGUUGGGAUUUAUUAGUACUAGAGACAAAAUUGAGCAAGUUAGGAUAGCAGUUCGCAGACUUUGAUCUGUAGCAACACUAGAAGAUGAGCCAUGUUGUUAAUUUGGAAUAUUUGCACUAAAAGGAACACAAUAGCUAUAUCUCAGUGGUAUUCAUGGAAAUUGGGAUUUUGAGAAAAGUGUUCACAUUUGUGUUGGAAUGUAGACAAUUCACCACAACAAAACCCUUUAGCACCAGGAGUCAUUUUACAAACACACAUACACAUUUCAGAACUGUGAUUGUUUGAAUUCAUUCAAGCUUUAGGAAACUGGUUAGCUUUAAGUGUUGCCUCAAGUAAUGGUUUUUCUUUCCUCUUUCUGUUUAAACACAUCUGUACUGUGCCAAGAAUUCUCUCCUAGUGUCAGUGUCUCAAAUUAUAUUUAGGAGGGGUUAUCACUGCUUUGUAUUUAGCCACUUAUUUCCCAAGUGUCCACAACAUGAAAUGGGUCAAGCAUCAUCCAUGACGUCAAUGGGUUCACAAGAUAACUAACCUAUGUGACAAGGGGGGUCAAAAUGCCUCUUAAAAGGCCAUUUUUACAGCUUGCUGGAAUACAGUGGCACCUUGUGGUAAUUGGUAUUUGGAGGGUGAAGGAUGUUUUUAUUCUUGCCCCCUUUUGUGUAUGGAAAAAAUGUUAUCUACCUUAAUGUCUUAAAAUUUUACAUUUCUGGAUUCCCUUUUGCUGACACUUAAGUACACAGAAGCCAAAUUCACUGGGCACUUUCUUAUUCUUGUGAGACUAUACUGAUAGCUGCUUUUCUGAAGCGUUCUGAACCUAAAUGCAGGAACUCGAGAAAACACAUGUCAGGUGUGGUGUUUUUUUUUUCCUUGAGUUAUGAUUUUUUUUAGUAUGUUUAAUAUUCAAUAACUUGUGAUAAAUUAACUAGUGAUUUUUUUGUAUUCUUUUGAAAAGAAUUGAAAAUGUAAAUUGAUGUAGCAUGCUUCAUUUGGAAAGUUGAAGUGUGGAAGGUCUGAGGAGGUAGUAUUUCACUACAUUUUCAAUUGGACAUAAGCUGAAACAGCUGUGAGUUCAGUCCCCGUGCUUGACAUUUUUUAGUGUUCUGAAAUUAAGAUUUUCAUUCACUUGAACGUUUCUAAAAUAGAUAAUCCCUACAAUGGAGUGAUCUUAUUUAAUUAACCCUUUUUGUAUGUAAAAGUAGAGCAUAGAACAGUUAAUCCAGGGUGUCAGAAUGCUCAAAAUUUGUGAAUUUUGUCAUUGUUUUCCUGUUGAUGUGGUUUCAGUUAAGUCUGAAGGAAACAGGAUACCCUCCAUCAUCCAAAAUUAUAGUGAUAUACUCGUUUUUUUUAAUUGGAAUUUGUUUUACCAUGAGUUUGCUAAGCUACGUUAUGGUCACUUGGGUCGAGUGGUGGAUAUCUUAACGACAUGCAGUGAAUGUGAACCCAGUCCUACCACUGUGCCUCAUUUUGGGAAGGUUCCUCUGUCAAUUCUUUAUCUUACAGAUUGAUUCCAGUAGCAAGGUAUGGUCGAACCAGCUGCCCAGCCUUAACUCUAAGCCCUGUUACUAACAUUCUUUUAACUGAUUGAUUUGUGUAUUUUAACUGUCCCAUGUUUGGAUUGCAAGUUGAGUAGGUACGCAGUUGGCCUGGUUAUAUAUCUGUGCCUGUUUAAUCUUCUCCCAGGAAGUGCUGCUUUGGUAUGGACAUUUACUUAGAUUCAUGUAAAGAACUGGGCAGCAAUGUUGGAAAGCUUGCUUUCUGAAGCCUUUAAGAACCUGAAGGGAUUUGAAGGGGGCAGUAACAAAGGUCGCUUUUAUGUCUUUGAACAUGAAGCACAUAAAUGUAGUUCUGUAAAGACUAAAGUGAUUGUGAUACCAGGGCUUCCUGACCUCUGGGAGAGACUGCACAAAGCAGAGAGGAGCACAAAAUGAAAUGAAUUUGGUUGGCGUGAUUUAUCUGGUUUCUCAUUUUCUUUCAGUUUCAAUCUGGACAUAAUACCCUUUUUCAAUAUCUGUAUCUAGCAGACUCCUGGUUGGGAAGCCCUGUGUUAAAUCUUGAGAAUGUACCCAAUUUUCCUCUUUUUUUUUUUUUUUUUUUGUACAGUGCUUUACAACUGCUAAAAAUUAACUUGUUUAAUGCAAAAUAAGACCUUGAAAGGUCAGUCAUAUUAAAGCUGGUUUGAUUAUUAAUAGUUAUCUUUUAGGAAGAAGCUUUUUCCCUAUGUAAAAUGUCAUACUGCAGAUUUACAAUAUAGACUAUCAAUAAAAUGCAUGAAGUGAUCA